UCAGCCAGCGGUGGCAGCCCCCGGGCGGUGCGGGUGCUGCUCCGCGCGGUGCGGGGCCGCUUGGCACCGCCUCCUGCCCUCCCUCUCCGCCGGCCGGCCUCCGCCUUCCCUCCCUCCCUGCUCUCGUCCCUGCCUGCCUCCAGCGCUGCCCCAUGUUCGCGCUGGAGAAGCCGGCGGGGCAGCCGGCGACGGGCAGAAGUGGUGGGUUUCCGAUCAUGGCGUCCGUGGGGGAUUUUAACGUGCUCAGCUCCAGCAUCCCCGCCACCAAGGUGGAGCUCUCCGUGUCCUGCAGAAAUCUUUUGGACAGAGAUACAUUUUCUAAAUCUGAUCCAAUCUGUGUUUUGUACACACAAGCCAUUGGAAACAAAGAAUGGAGAGAGUUUGGAAGAACAGAAGUAAUUGAUAAUACUUUAAAUCCAGAUUUUGUAAGAAAAUUUAUAAUGGACUACUUCUUUGAAGAAAGAGAGAAUCUGCGAUUUGAUUUCUACGAUGUUGACUCAAAGAGCCCGAACCUAUCAAAACAUGAUUUUUUGGGACAAAUGUUUUGUACGCUGGGAGAAAUAGUUGGAUCACAGGGGAGCAGAUUGGAAAAAUCAAUUGUAGGAAUUCCUGGGAAGAAAUGUGGGACAGUCAUAGUAACAGCAGAGGAACUAGGCUGUUGCCGAGAUUCAGUUUUAAUGCAGUUUUGUGCAAACAAACUAGACAAGAAGGACUUCUUUGGCAAAUCUGAUCCUUUUCUCGUAUUUCAUCGAAGCAAUGAAGAUGGCAGUUUUACAAUCUGCCACAAAACAGAAGUCAUAAAAAAUACAUUAAAUCCCGUGUGGCAGGCAUUCAAGAUUUCUGUCAGAGCACUGUGUAAUGGAGACUAUGACCGGACAAUUAAAGUAGAAGUGUAUGAUUGGGAUAGAGAUGGAAGCCAUGAUUUCAUCGGAGAAUUCACAACAAGUUACAGAGAAUUGUCGAGGGGGCAAUCUCAGUUCAACGUGUAUGAGGUAAUAAAUCCAAAGAAAAAAGGAAAAAAGAAAAAAUAUGUUAAUUCUGGAACAGUAACAUUGCUUUCCUUCCUAAUUGAAACAGAAGUUUCAUUCCUUGACUAUAUUAAAGGCGGGAACUUACUGUGGAUUUUUGAGGCGUACCGUCUGAAUACACAUCCCACAUUUAUUUUAGAGCACUGAUUACCUGUGAAGAAAGAAGUUAAUUUUUUGUGCCAGUCUUCAACCAGGCUUCAAAUGAAAUGAAAAAGAACUCUGUGUUGUAUUUUGACAGUAGCAAUAUAGGGCUUUGACUUUGUUCCCAACAGUGGCAAUCCUAUGUUCCUGUUGUGGACUUUAACAGAAGCAGAAAAUGGCCAUCCAUCCAUGUUUGCCCGAAGUUUGUAUUGAAUGAAGUAUAGGUAUGCACAAAUGCAUGAAGAAACAGUUUUACCCCUACUGCUCUGUGAAGCAUGCUGUACAUAUAUGCUGCAACCAUCUUAUCCCCAUUCAUUCAAAAUUCAUCUCUAUAAGAAGAGUAUGCAUAAGGAACUGAGGAAUUAAGUUUUAUAUCUAAAUUUGGAAAGAAAAAUAUGUGGUGGGUGCAUUUGUAAUCUUUUUAGAGUGGUUUAACACAUUUCUCACUGAGAUGUUACAAUACAAGUUAAUCAACCUAAUUAUCUACAUUCUGUAGACAAAUAAUAGAAAUUUUGAUUACAAAUAAUAUUUUAUUGUUCUUACUGAUAUUUUGUAUAUAUCUCUGUAACUGCAAGUCAAAGAAGAGCUGUGAUGAUAAUUACCGUUUAAGAUUUUUUCUGCUCUUUUAUAUAAAUAGAGUAUAAUUCAGCAUAAUAUUCUGUGCUUAAAAGUAUGAGCAGAGCAUUAAUACUUAUUGUUUAAUUGUUUCAUCCGGAAUCUUGUUUAGUUGUUCAUACCAUUAUUUCUAUGUACAUGCCAGUGAAUACUGUAGAAGUACUUGUAUAAAAUGUUGCCUUUCUGCAACCUAUACAGUUUUAUAAACAUGACCAGGAGGCUGAGACUCAGACUUAUUCUCUUGGCUUCUCUCUUCCUUCAUUUAUCUCAUUUAAUACUACUACAUAUCAGUUGCAGUCCAGUUGGCAGAUUAUGAAGGAGGGGGGAAGAGAAGAUUUCAUCAUUAAUCAGUCUGUUUUCCCAUCAUGUCCUUCAAAAUUGUUUUUUUUAGUUCCCUGGUUUUCUAACAUUUAGUUAGGCAAGGGUAAGAAAACACUGAUUCUCCAACAGGCACAAUAUUGACUCUUCAAUAAAUGGACGCUUAUGAAAUACUUCAUGUUCAGAACUUUCAUUGUAAUUGAUUUGAGGUGUCUAGAAGUAAUACUGAUUUAAUGGAAAUCUUGACAGCUUUCACCGCGAUAAAUUGGGACUAUAGUCUGAAUUUCAUUUAUGGUUUGAGUCUGCAUCUGUUUAAUUGGGAUAUUCCAUUAUCAGUAUCAUAAAUAUGACUUGGUUGGUGUUUUUUUUAAAAGCUCUGAAGAAUGAAAUAGAAGUUUGUCCAUAAAUUCUAAUUCCAUUUUACUACAUAACACUGGAUUUUAUAGCA